AUGAACACUUUGUGUUCGAUUACCGUACCUAGCGUCCUGUCGAUGUAUGGCAUAGUGCGGGGAUAUUUAGCCAUCAGCAGUUCGCUUUACUUCGAUUUAUGGAGCGAGGUCAUUCUGCAGCCUCUAUUGCUCGUCGCUUUUUGGAAUUUAGCAGGUGCUCGAUCAGUGGCCAUCACAGAGUUGGCGUCGAUACCUCGACUGGUUGACCUCAUCGGCGUGGCUCUUCUAGGAUUAAUAGCUUCUUGAUAACUGGCGACCGGCGGAGUAGGCGGAUAUUUAACCGGUUUAAGCGCCGGUGCGGUAAUAGGCAUAAUAGGAGCAAGUUUCGUAAUCGUUGAAAGCGAAACCGUAUUGCGGAGGCAUUUUAAGGUGCGACUGCCUUUGGCGCUGAUGCUGAAAAGUAUCGCUACGUGCGCGUCCGUCGACUUUACCCUUGUGCCAGCACUCACGCGCUUUCUCCUCGCGGACACCGGCUUGAAGGACGGGCUUCUGCUGAUGACGAUCGCCUUUGUCCUUACUGCGUUGGGCACUCUGGCCCUACGAUUCUCAACUCCGCAGCGAGCAUCCCCUUACAGGUGACUGCAGAGGACAUUCUCGUUUCACUUCUUCAAUACCCAUUUC